AGGGGCAUGGUAUGCGGUUAUACUAAUCCCUAUACUUUCUCAGGUCACAACUACCCACUUCCCACGUCUUUCGCUAUCUCUCUCUUAUUUAUACAUCGUAUAUCUCUCUCUGUCUUUCACACUCAUCAUUUGUAAAAUCACUACUCUGUAAAUUCUACUCCUCACUUACCUUAGUUAGUAUAUACUAUACAGCUCCAAUGGCUUUAACCUUCUGCUCUAACAACUUCCCACCUUGUUAUCCCAAUUCCCACCACCAAAAUCUCAUAAACCCAGAUACUGUCGUUUUUCCACAAACAAAGAAACAAAGAUCAUCAUCCACAUUGUCUUUUUUAUCAAACACCUACUCUUUCACUACCAAUCAUAAUGUGGAUCCCCUCACUCUUCAUCCUCCUCAACCAUUGUUCUUCUCCAACCCAACAAACCCAACAAAUCACAACCCUUUCUUCUCCUCACCCCAACCCCCAUAUUCCCCCUUCCAAUAUGAUUAUUACUAUGAUCAUCCUAAUACUAACAAUAAUCUCGAUUAUUCGGGACCUGGCUUUCCAUCUGAUCAUCCAGAAAUGGAGUUCUUCAUCAAUAGCAAUGAGCCUUAUUAUGCUAACAGCGAUGAUCCUAAUCAACACAUUGACGAUCAACUACUACUGGCUCCUUUAUUACCCGAACAAGUAGCCGUUGCUGAUAAUUACCUUGAUCAGAAUCAGCAAGUGAUGAUGAUUAAUAACAACAAUAUUUAUAGCGAGACCGCCGCUGAGAUGGUAAUCACUGGUGCUGAUCAUGUUAGUGAGUUGAAGAGGAGGAGCAGCAGCAGCAGUAAGGUGGUGUCGCCGCAGAGUAUGGCGGCUCGAGAGAGGAGGAGGAAGAUAGCAGAGAAGACACAAGAGUUGGGGAAACUCAUUCCUGGUGGGAAUAAGAUGACCACUGCUGAAAUGUUCCAAGCUGCUUCUAAAUAUGUACACUUUUUAAAGGCACAGAUUUCAGUUCUUCAGGAGAUGGGUAAAGAAGAAGUAUUGAAGCUCAAAGAGCUUGAGGUGUUAACAUCCCCCAUUGUUCAAGAGAGAUUGUACUCAGAAGAGAAGUGUUUGGUUCCAAAAGGAUUCAUCGGACGAUCUACCCAUAAUCAAACCAAUAUUAUCACAUCAUGAUGAGAGACUGGCUUUCAAACAUAUCAAUCUACCUACCUAGCUAAGAUAACAUGUCCUCACUAAUUUUCUUGUUUUGUUUAUUGUUGUAUUAAUUCUUCCCUGUAUUUUUUAUUAGUACUUAGCUAGAGAUAAUCUAAUUUUUCAAGCCAAACAAAAAUUGAUGAUCUAGUUUAGUAUAUAUUUUAUCUAAUUUCUUUUGAUCA